AUGAACUUUACACAAGUACGAGUACAGGCUCGGUUCCAAGCACCUGGUACCUCCCAGCCUCGUCUCCUUUGUCUCCGUCCCACUGAAUUUACUCUCUCCUCCGCCGCAUUUACUUUGCGCACAGACAUCGCCCCCAUCGUGCAUGGCGUAACGGUCGCCCUCGCCCUGGGCCCAAGCAAAAAGAUCUUCGGAAUCUCCAAACGCAUUCCCGUUGAUCUGGAUCUCAAAGCGCCUUGGCAGAGUCUCUUCCCAUCCAGACUGGUACGAAACGGCGUGUCCGCCCUAGUCCAGGGUGGACAGGAUGCGGUCGGCAUGUAA